GGACGCCGCGUCCAUUCUCCUUCCUUGCUUGCUUCUCUCUUUAUUCCUCCCUUCCCUUCCCCUCUUCCUCCGGUGGACGCAAGGGAGCGGGAGAUUGGUCCCUAGGCCAGGGGGAGAUCCUCGCGGCGUUCGAUCCGGACGGCGGCGGGCGAAGAUGCUGGACGUACAGAAGCGGCGCGUGCAGCUGCUGCUCUUCAUCACGGGCGUCCUCGCUCUCAGCAUGACCGCUGAGAAGUUCAGGGAACUUGUUGGAAAGGAGGCUGCAUCGAAGAGUGGUCAGUUCACAUUCCUGAACUGCUUUGACAUGGGCCCUGGCAGCCUUGCAUGCACAGCGAAGGAGGGUGUCAAGUUGUAUGUCUACAACCUCCGAACUGUACACAUGGAAAGGGUGCGGCAACGAGCUAUUGAGAAAGCAUUAGCUGAUGCCGUGACAGAAGGCCUGACACCCUCUGAAGCAGCCAAGCAAGCUCAGAAAGUUGGUACAAAAGCGGCGAAAGUGGCUGCUCGUCAAGCCAAACGGAUAUUGGGGCCAAUAAUCUCUUCUGGUUGGGACUUCUUUGAAGCAAUGUACUUUGGUGGAAGCAUGACAGAAGGUUUUCUCCGGGGUACUGGCACCUUGUUUGGAACUUAUGUGGGUGGUUUCCAUGGCGAGGAGAGGCUGGGGAGGCUGGGGUAUCUUGCAGGAAGCCAUCUAGGCAGCUGGGUUGGAGGAAGAAUUGGACUGAUGAUCUAUGAUGUCAUGAAUGGCCUGAAAUAUAUGCUUCAAUUUGUCCAGCCAGAGAAUCAAUCAUUGUCAUAUUCUUCCGAAGGUGGUUCAGAAUACACUGACAAUUAUAUAAGCGGCAAAAGAGAGGAGUCAACAUACACAGAUAAUUAUUUAAGCAGCGAAACAGAGGAGCCAACAUACUAUGAAACAUCGGAAGAGAAGCAGGAGGAAUCAAAGUGGUUCAGUUUGUUCUGAAACUGUGAACUUUGAUAUUAGCAGUCCUAUACUGUCUUCACAGAAAUGGUUAGCUUGUUUCGUAUAAAUAUUCGACACUCUUAGCUUCGUUUUGUGUUAUUAGAUGAGGUAUGACUCUUCUUUGUAUUUAUCCUUUUGACCACUGUAUAUGGAACACAUGUGCAUGCAACUCUUGAGUUUUGUAGAAUGCACCAUCAAUAGCAGCAAUACUGAACCACUACAGAAAAGAUAUUGGGGAAUAUCUUAUCGUAGAAAAAAAAUGUUUGAGGAGA